AUGCCAACUGACACUCAAGCCUUUGAUCUCGCUGAUUACUCUUAUGUUAUUGGCAUUGACUUUGGCACUACAUUCACCGGAUGCUGCUAUGCAUUCACAAAAAACGGCGGCGAUGAGAUCAUUGAUAUUACACGAUGGCCUAAACAAGUUAAUGUCUACCCAAAGACACCGACAAUAUCCCUUUAUCGUCAUGGCUCUACAAAAAUGGUAGCCUGGGGUCAGGAUGCUCGUAAACUUUCCCACAAGCGCAAUAAUCACGAUCACCUUUUGACUCGAUUUAAGCUGCAUUUGGAUGAAAACCUCGAAUUAGAACCACUACCAAAUGGUCUUACUGCCCUGGAGGCAAUUACUGAUUACCUUGAGGCAUUUCACACCCAUGUAACAGCAGAACUUCAACGUGGAUUUGCAUCCAAUUACGACCAAUCUAAAUUCAGAUACUGUUUAACUGUUCCUGCUAUGUGGAGUGAUAAAGCCAAGGCUACAAUGCGAGAAGCAGCUAUUAGAGCCAACAUUGUCAAUAGAUGGGACCAUCCAGAUAGACUUAUGCUCAUCAGUGAACCCGAAGCAGCCGCUCUUUACUGCGAAAAGAAGAGCGAGCAAUUUAAUCUCGGUCAUGGCCAGCGUUUCAUGAUCUGUGACGCAGGUGGAGGAACUGUUGAUCUGAUUGUGUUCGAAAUCGAUGAUUCUGGCUCGCGGAGAUCUUUGAAAGAAGUAACAAAGGGACAGGGUGAUUCUUGUGGAUCAACAUUCUUAGAUAUGCGUAUGCGGGAGUAUCUAAAGGUCCGGUUCUCACAACGUGGAGCAAUUAGCGAGACAGCAAUGGAGUCUAUGAUGGAAACAUUUGUGGAAGCCAUCAAGCCUCAAUUUGAUGGUGAAGAGGAACAAUUUUUACCCUUACCAGCCUCGCUCGGGCUGGGAGACAUGGAUGACCCAGAGACUGGCAUUGAGGACGGCAAUCUGCAUCUGCCAGCGCAGGAAUUGAGAAAGCAUGUGUUUGAACCAGUGAUUCAACAAGUGCUACAGCUUAUCGAUGACCAAAUCUCUCAAUCACAGAUCAAGUUGGACACAAUCUUCUUGGUCGGUGGUUUUGGGCAGUCGGUUUACCUCUAUAGACGUGUACGUGAGAUGUUUGAGAACCGAGUUGGAAUCAUAGGAGUCCCGCCUCGUGGUGAACUUGCUGUAGUCAGGGGCGCCGUCUAUUUUGGGCUUAAUCCUCGCAUGGUUUCUGAGCGUGUCUCACGAAGAACCUACGGAGUAGAAACACGCAUGCUAUUUGAUCCACGCCAGGAUCCUCCAGAACAAUGUAUUAAAGGCGAUGAUGGUCGUAUUUUCUGUAAGCAACGGUAUAGCGUUUAUGUUCACAAGGGCCAGGCUCUCAAGGGUGACGAGUGUAUUUCGAAGAACUUUGUCAUUGCCUAUCCAAACGAUACUGACUCAGAUUUGUUUGCUUAUGAUGGUGAGGCUCCUGUGCCUAGGUUAACCACCCAUCCACAUGUCUCCAAAGUAGCCAGAUUCCCUAUCAAGAUGCCAAAAUUUGCUAACGCGCAAAAGGCAGACCCAAUCUUUAUGACGAUCAAGAUGUUCUUUGGACAGACAGAAAUUAAGAUUGAGGCCCACAUCCGCGACAGGAUUUUUACUUUUACAUCUGCAUUCGAGACGGUUGAAGUUGGUAUGCACAUGCUCAACAAUGGAGUCCAGGGAAUGCACCUCAAGCCAGAUGAACUUGAAGUGCCUGGGAGCGGAUCUGGCUAUGGCUACUAUGGAAAUGUUUCCAAUUCAAAUAUCUCUAGUGCUGGAUCCAUCUCCAGGCCACCCUCUAUCCCAUCUCACCACGAAUCAAGUGGUUAUCCAUCUCCUGCCAGAUCAUACCCUCGUAGUGUGCGUGAAGACGAUGAAUCUUGUGAUGGAGAUUCUAAACAUUCAACUGGUAUUAAUGGAACGGCAAAGAAACUCUUUGGUACCUUGAAGUUUGGAAAACGAAAAUAAAGUAGAUAAAAAAAGGCAGGUUGGCUGGAAUGGGCCAGUAGUACUGUAUCGCAUCACACAUCGUUUCAUAGUCGUAAAAACUUAUCUCUAGCCUUCUUUUAUUUGCACCUUUACAUUUUAUCUUCA